CUGUAGAGUGCGCGACCCCUCGCUCUAGCAUGAGCUAUACUGGGUGAGGUCCGUGUGGCCUGGGCAAGACGAGAAGGUAUUGUGGUCAUUAUUGACUGCCCGAUGUGGUGCAAGCACCCGGCUAUUGCCGUUUCACGCCCAGGUACAGAAUCCCCCUCAACUUCCGCCCCUCUCCCCUCUCUCCGUCUCGCUCAGCUGCACAUCAGAUACGCAGUGUACGCGCAAUAUCAUACUGACUGUUCGAUGCAUGCUCGGCGGCCAUUUUCUCCGCCCACUCCUGCUCAACACACCGCGUCUGGUGGGUUGAACACCAAACUUGUGAAUAAGCUAGUCAUUCGUGGCUCGAUUGGCGAGCAUGCAAGUUUCGCUCGAAUUCAGAUUUUUGCGAAGAUCUCCAUCCCAGAAUUUCCGCCAUCUCAGGCGUAUCCCCUUUUCCAGGAGAGUCAUACAAAGCUGCUUCGGUCUGAGUGCCAUCCACUCUCCCCUGAUGGCGCGCCAUACGCGCUCCCACCUAAUGUGUCGCGUCUCAUGCAACAUGCCUUGAGAGCACUGGCCCUGCCACCGCCGCUGCCAGUCUCAUACCCAGACUUAUUAUCUCCUUUGCCGAAUGCAUCGCAUUACAAGACUAAUGGGGGUCAGAAUCUGACUUCUGAUAUGACUGGUUUUAUCACCGUGAAUAACUAUGAGUACUGCUAUCUGUCUCCUCGGAUACUGGUUCCUCCGUCCAACCUACGACCGCAAUCAGCAGGCCCCAUAUAUAAGCACCGUAGAAACUCCAUCGGUGUGUCGGUCCGGGAUGGGAUACUUUCUUUUCAUAUUGUUGCGAUGGAGUUGGAAGUGCCGUUGGUUUCAACACCGCCAGCUGCCCCAUAUAUGUUGAAUGUGCCACUUCCGAGGUGUUUGCACAAUUCUAUAAAGUUCAAGAUUCACCUACCUUCUGUACUUACGCGUUCAGCCGCAUCAGAUUAUUCUUCUGCUGGCUCAUCAAAUGUCUCCGUGGAGGAGCAAUGGUCCGCUCGAACGAUCCCAGCCCUUUUUCAGCGGAAACGUCAGCACAGCACGGCAAGCACGGAGAACUGGGCGGACCAAGAAAGCCGGUCCGAUGUGUCAUCUUCCAACUCGGUGAACUCGCUCAUGAGUGCGGGACCGCCUCGCGUUGACCAAAAACCCCGCGUCAUCGAAGGGAAAUUCAUGAGUUCCGAUAGGAUAAUUAUUCGAUGGGCUCCCGCAAGGAAUCCAUCGUUCAAAGCUCUUCGACACGACAUUGCCGCACAACGUGUAGAAUCUGUAUUAAAAUGCACGAUCGGCAGCCCUAUCAUUGACAGCGCGCGGCCCGUCGUUUAUCCCGUCGACCUGGAGUUUGACGCGAAAUGCUUUGGACUUCUUGACCCUCACGUCGAAACAGAGCUCGGACUUCCCGUUGUGGUUGACACCUUCGGCAGCACAGCCCGCUGGUCUGCUGAAUAUGACCCCGAUGAAGACAAAUCACCGUUCGAGGUUACAGGUGGGGAAGGAGUAGGACAGUGGAGCUGGAAGGACCAUAAAUUACCAUUGUCAUUGGUGAACUCGUUAUCCAAGGUAACGGAAAAUACUACGGGGCGUUCAGGAACCUCUCCGACGCGGUCUUCGCAGGAUGCUCCGUCUCAGCCCAGAAUGACCCCCUCGAGAAUUCCCAUCGUCUCCAAUAGCGUUUCAAAAGAUAGAGUCUCCCUGCUGAGGGCGCCUCUGCCAGGUCCCGACUCUCCGGUUACCCCCGUGGAUGCCACAUUUGACGAUGAUGAAUUGGAUGACGAUGACAUAUCUUCUGUGCCAGAUGGAUAUUUUUCCACGGGCCCUUCGUCACGGCGUUCCUCGAUGAAUUCUGCGCCACCCGACAUUGUGACGAAACCUCCUCGACACCCUGCCGACCCAUUUAAAAUUCACAUUGAUAUCCUUCCCCUGUUGCCGAACUCCCCCAAUUCCCCUGCUAUGUCGGCGCAUUUUCGUCUCACAACCAAAUUGCUACUCUCCGGUUCCACACUGGAUCCUCACCACAUUGCACUCCCCGCCGUUCGUAUCCCAUCAGCAGAGACUCACUUGUGCGAAUGCAUCAUUCGGAGCAAGAACAAAGAUUCCGAGAUCAUCGUCAGUGCGCCAGAUGCGGAUGUUUCGUCUAAACGUUCUCAUAUUACUCUCGGGGGUGCGAAAGGUUCGAGUCUGUGCCAGUGGACGGUAGAAGUAUCCGCGAAACCAUGGUCGGAAAGUUCUGCAAGCACGUCUGGCGACAUGUGGGGUGGUGAUUGCUUGUUGCUGGUGGUGCCUGAGACGAAGAAGCAAAUCAUGUCAAUCCCUAAAACUCUGCGGACCUAUUCUUCCCGGAUGCUGACAUCUCCUUUGAGCCCGAGUCCGACUCCAAGUUCGAGCAAUGGCGAUGAAAGCCCCGGAAUGCUGACCACCGGCACCCAAGGCGAGACCCCGUGACACCUUUCCUCCAUCAACACCACAAAAUCCUCCAUCGCAGAGGAUAUCAAUAGAUGACAGAGCCGCCAUCGCCUGGGUUGAGAUUUCUGUGUCAUCUGUGCCACCAUCAUAUACCUCACAGGAUGGACAAACAUCCAAGUUGAGUCCAUGGCUGCAUUAUGUUCAGCUUCGGGCGCCUUUCCCCUCAAUAGCUGUUCUAAAAUCACCAUCUCUUGACG